CCAACAGCUCUGCACUGCUCAGCGAAGCUGACCUGCGAGCACAAGUUAGCCAGACAGACUACUAUACUUCAUGAUCAGAAUACAAAACCAGAAUGAACUGGUAAGAGACACAGUCUUACUUAGGUUGUGCCUGUUGUUCAUAUGGUUAUCUGCCCUCUCAUUGGCUAGAAUGGUCCUACCUGAUCUCGCCUGCCGUCAUUCAUUGAUCACAAGCGGUCACUCGGCUCUCUUGUCAAUAUAAUAGAUACUCUUUGCCUUUACAUCAAAUCAACCAAUCAACACUCACUGAGUAAGGACAGCCCCCCUUUUCGUUGGCUAUUUGCCGACGGACUUGAAUUUGGUUUCAAGAGUUGAGUGAGACAAGGUAAGAUGCCGGGUCCACAUCUCCUGUUAGUGGUGGUGGCUGUGUGUUUAAUAAAGACGGCCUCUGGCUUCGCCAAUGGAAAAGUGUCUCCUGCGUGCGGAGAUAUGACACCACAGCAUGGCCAUGACUCCAGCUCUAAACCUGCCCCUUAUAACAUCACCCUGGACAAACCCACAUUCAGCCCUGGUGACCAUAUCACAGUGACCUUACGGGUUGUUCCCACAUCUGGGAGCAUCUCCUUCAAAGGUUUCCUGAUUGAAGCGAGGGAUGCUGGGAACCCGGACGGUCCGGCUGUUGGAUCAUUCAGCCUCCUCAACCCUUCUGAGUCACAGCUCCUACAUUGUGGCCACACACAGGGAUCUGCAGUAAGCCACACCAGCAAAUCCAAGAAGACAGAGAUACAGGCCGUGUGGGAGGCUCCAAAAAACCCCCCAUCCGGUGUCCAAUUUAUGGCCACAGUGGUGCAGAAGUAUAAAGUCUACUGGGUGCAGAUCCCAGGGCCGGUGGUGUCUCUGAAUGGGGCGACUAGGGUUCCACCACCAAACCCCACCCCCACCACCACCACUACUGCUGUUGUGACCACAACUCUGUCUGCGCUGACCAGACCUUUCAGCUCAGAGGGUUGUGGUAGGAGUAAGUCCUGUCUGCGUGACCCUGUGGGAUGCGACCCAGGCAGAGACCCCCUGUGCUUUUUCCUCUCCUUCACUCCAGAGGCGCGGACUGUGCUGUUUGAGCUCAGUGGACCAGCUCAUGGAUACCUGUCCUUCGCCUUGUCGCUGGACAAAUGGAUGGGGAAUGAUGAUGUAUACCUGUGUGUGAGAGAUGGGGACAGUGUGGACAUCAAUGCUGCAUAUGUCUCUGGCCGAGCUCAUCCUCAAUUGGCCUCUGAGAAUGUUCUUUCAGACACAGCUUGGCAGCUGGCAGAUGGGGUCAUUCAGUGUCGUUUCCGUAGAGACAUACUCCUCCCCCGUCAGAUUGAGAGCAGGUUCAGCCUGGACCAGAGCUACUUCCUGUUCAUAGCCCACGGGAGGGCUGAAGAUGGUGUGAUCUAUAGACAUGACCGGCAGCCUCUGAUAUCCACUCAUCAGACAGUCAUCACAGGUCUCCCCGAGAAUCUAGCUGGCUCCAGGUCUCCCCUGCUCAUUAAGUUCCAUGGUGUGUUUAUGCUUGUGGCCUGGAUGACGACAGUGACCACAGGGGUCAUCAUUGCACGCUACUUCAAACACGACUGGCCAGAAACAAGACUAUUUGGACGCAGACUAUGGUUUCAGGUGCACCGAGCCUUGAUGACCCUGACCGUGCUCCUUACCUGUGUGGGAUUCUCACUACCCUUCAUCUACCGAGGCGGUUGGAGCAGGCAUGCCGGCUCCCACCCUUACCUGGGCUGUACUGUCAUGGCUCUAUCUUUUAUCCAGCCUAUCAUGGCCCUCCUCAGACCCGCCACAGACUCCUCACGAAGGUACAUAUUCAACUGGAUGCAUUUGGGAACAGGCACUAUUGCACGGGUACUUGCAGUUGUGGCCAUCUUCCUGGGUAUUCAGCAGCAGGCCUUGCUUCUCCCUGGCCCCUGGUCCACUGGUGUCCUGGCAGGCUGCGUUGUCUGGGGAGUCCUGGUAGACCUGCUACUUGAGUUCCACAGUAAAGUAGUCAUCGUAACAGGGAGGACUCUUGCUGAGGACGAAGAAAAGAUUCUGGGUACUCACUCAGAUAGUGAGGGACAGAGAAAGGUAUCUCGAUUCAAAAAGAUUGUCUUGGCUGUGUUCCUCGUGGGAAAUGUUGGGUUUUUGUCUGUUCUCCUAAACACAAUAAGAAAUGUGUGACUGGGAAUCACAUGCUCCUUGUUAGGGGUCAUUGUAGACAAUAAUAGUAUAGAUUAUGUAUUACUUAAUUAAGCCAUGUUGCUCUUUUUUACACACUAGUGCCAUUUCCUUUUUAAGAUUCCACUGAACAUAUUAAAACGUGUCCUUAAAAAAUGGUAAAUGGAUGAACAACAUUUGUAUUUAAGAACUAAAUCUGUCUGCUUAUUUGAAUAAAUAUGUUACAUCAUCUUAAGAUACUCUAUAAAUCAUUCCCCCCCAUCAUUAAAAUAAAGACUUUUGAACAAA